AACAACUAUGGAGAGGAAAAUACUUCCCAUUUACUUUUUGUUGCUGCUUUCUGUUUUCUUGAUUCAGCAAGUUUCUUCUCAAGAUUUAUCAAGCUGUGCAGGGAGAUGUGGGGAAGGGUAUUCUAGAGAUGCCAUCUGCAACUGUGAUUAUAACUGUCAACACUACAUGGAGUGCUGCCCUGACUUCAAGAAAGUCUGCGCUGUAGAGUUUUCCUGUAAAGGCCGCUGCUUCGAGUCCUUUUCAAGAGGGAGGGCGUGUGACUGUGACUCAGAAUGUAAGAAGUACGGCAAGUGUUGUUCCGAUUAUGACAGUUUUUGUGAAAAAGUGCACAGUCCUGCAUCACCACCACCUUCAAAGUCUGCACCUCCACCUCCAGGAACAACUCAGACCAUCAAAUCAACAACCAAACGUUCACCCAAAUCAUCAAGCAAGAAGACUAAGAAAGUUAUAGAAUCAGAGGAAAUAACAGAAGCAAAAGAAAACAAGAAGAAAAGAACCCCUAAAAUGAAACCUACCCCAGAACCACCAGUAAUAGAUGAAGCUGGAAGUGGACCGGACAAUGGUGAUUUCAAGCUCACCCCAACUCCUAACAUUCCCACCACUCAACGUAAUAAAUUUACCACAACUCCCAAGAUUACAAUAGUAAAACCAAUACUUUCUAAACCCAGUAUUCCACCUAAUUCUGACACAACUAAAGAGACGCCUUUGACAGCCAAUAAGGAGACAACAGAUGAAACUAAAGAGACUUCUACAACAAAUAAACAGACUUCAACUACUGCAAAAGAGAAGACUACUUCAGCUAAAGAGACACAAAAUGCAGAGAAAACAUCUACUAAAGACUUUGCACCCACAUCUGAAGUUCCUGCUACAUCUACUCUCAAAGCUGAAACUAUAAGCAAAUCCCCUGCUCUCACCUCUCCCAAAGAGCCAGAUCCCACCACCAAGGAAUCUACACCUACCACCACCAAGGAGCCAGCUCCCACCACCAAGGAAUCUACACCCACCACCACCAAGGAGCCAGCUCCCACCACCAAGGCAUCUACACCCACCACCACCAAGAAGCCCGCUUCCACCACCAAGGCAUCUACACCCACCACCACCAAGGAACCAGCUCCCACCACCAAGGAAUCUACACCCACCACCACCAAAGAGCCAGCUCCCACCACCCCCAGGGAGCCAGCUCCCACCACCAAGGAAUCUACACUCAUCACCACGAAAGAGCCAGCUCCCACCACCACCAAGGAGCAAGCUCCCACCACCCCCAAAGAGCUAGCUCCCACCACCAAGGAAUCUACACCCAUCACCACCAAAGAGCCAGCUCCCACCACCACCAAGGUGCCUGCUCCCACCACCACCAAGGAGCAAGCUCCCACCACCAAGGAAUCUACACCCAUCACCACCAAAGAGCCAGCUCCCACCACCACCAAGGUGCCUGCUCCCACCACCCCCAAGGAGCCAGCUUCUGCCACCCCCAAGGAACCUACUCCAAGUUCUCCUAAUACACCUGCUCCAACCACCUCAGAGGCCUCUACUUCAACUAUCACCAUGGAGCCUCCCACUACUCCUAAGGGCCCUGCUGAAUCAACUCCUGAGUUUCCUGUAGAACCCACACCAAAGACUCUUGAAAACAGUCCCAAGGAGCCUGCCGUACCUACAACCAAGGCUCCUAAAGUGACCAAACCUGAAAUGACUACAACAGCUAAAGACAAGGCCACAGAACAAGACACAACUGAUACCAUGGCAUCAUCCAAAAUUACUCUUAAAGCAACAACUCUUGCACCCAAAGUAAUGACAGCAACAAAAAAGACAACUGAAGAGACUACAAGCAAACCUGAACCAACAACAGCUAUACCAAAAGGUACAGCUACUAACGCUGAAGUGACAACUCCUAAACCCCAAAAACCAACCAAAGCACCCAAAAAGCUCACUUGUACCAAAAAGACAAAAACACCUAAAGUGAGAAAACCGAAGACUACACCAACUCCCCCAAAGAUGACAUCAGCAAUGCCUAAAUCAAACCCUACCUCUUUAGCAGAAGCCAAGCUCCAAACCACCACCAGCCCUAACCAAACUCCCAACUCAGAAAUAAUCGAAGUAAAUCCAAAGAAUGAAGAUGCAGAUGCUACUGAAGGAGAAAAACCUCAGAUGAUGAUUCCUAGGCCCCCUGUGUUAACUCCUAUAGUUAUUCCAGGCACUGAUUUCAUAGGGAGAGGACCCAGUCAAGGCAUUGGCAUCAACCCCGUGUUUUCAGAUGAGACUAAUUUAUGCAACGGUAAGCCGGUAGAUGGACUGACUACUUUGCGCAAUGGGACAUUAGUUGCAUUUCGAGGUCAUUAUUUCUGGAUGCUAAAUGCAUUCAGUCCACCAUCUCCACCUCGUAGAAUUACUGAAGUUUGGGGCAUUCCCUCCCCCAUUGAUACUGUUUUUACUAGAUGCAACUGUGAAGGAAAAACUUUCUUCUUUAAGGAUUCUCAGUACUGGCGUUUCACCAAUGAUAUAAAAGAUGCAGGGUAUCCCAAACUAAUUUCCAAAGGAUUUGGAGGACUAAAUGGAAAAAUAGUGGCAGCUCUCACAAUAGCUAAAUACAAGAACAGACCUGAAUCUGUGUAUUUUUUCAAGAGAGGUGGCAGCAUUCAGCAGUAUACUUAUAAACAGGAACCCACCCAAAAGUGUACUAGAAGAAAGCUUGCUAUAAGUUAUCCAGUGUAUGGAGAAACGACACAGAUUAGGAGACGUCGAUUUGAACGUGCUAUAGAGCCUUCUCAAACACACACCAUCAGAAUUCACUAUUCACCCAUCAGAGUCACUUAUCAAGACAAAGUGUCAUCUGCAGGUUUCCUCCAUAAUGAAGUUAAAGUGAGUACACUGUGGAGAGGACUUCCAAAUGUGGUUACUUCAGCUAUAUCACUGCCCAACAUCAGAAAACCUGAUGGCUACGAUUACUAUGCCUUUUCUAAAGAUCAAUACUAUAACAUCGAUGUGCCAACUAGAACAGCAAGAGGCAUUACUACUCGUUCUGGACAGACCUUAUCUAAUGUCUGGUACAACUGUCCUUAGACUGAUGGGCAAAGGAAGAAUCGACUAACUAAAAUGAAGAAAAGAAUGAUAAAUUUUGACACUGAAACACAUUUUAUUAAUAAAGAAUGUUGAUAUAAGCAUACCAAUUUAAAUACAAAAAUGUUUUUCAAC